CUGUGUUAACAUCUCACUGUGUAUGCAGCCUGAGGUAUUGUGUCCUAUUACAGAGCCUGAAUAGAAAAUCCAUAUCCCAAGAUGCAGUGGUGCAGGUGGGCUGGCAGUUGGAGAUCACACCUACCGAGACAGUCUGCAGGCCCAGAGAUUGAGGACUCCUUCGACUUUCUCUUUAAAAUCAUCCUGGUUGGGGACUCAGAUGUGGGGAAGACCUGUGUGGUCCAGAGCUUCAAGUCUGGCAUAUUCAUGGAGAAGCAGCAAAACACCAUCGGGGUCGACUUUACUGUUCGUACCCUGGAAAUCGAUGGCAAGAAGGUGAAGAUGCAGGUGUGGGACACGGCGGGACAGGAGCGCUUUCGCACCAUAACUCAGAGCUACUACCGCAGUGCCCAUGGGGCCAUGGUGGCGUAUGACAUCACACGCCGCACCACAUUCGAAUCUGUUCCCCACUGGAUCAGGGAGGUGGAGCACUAUGGAGCUGCCAGCGUGGUGCUCAUCCUCAUUGGUAAUAAAUCAGACCUCCACGCUCAGAGGCAGGUGUUGUUCGAGGAUGCGUGCACUCUGGCAGAAAACAACAGCGUGCUGGCUGCUCUGGAAACCUCAGCCAAGGAGGCCCAGAACGUGGACGCAGCCUUCAUCCUCAUGGCCCGGGAGCUGCUAGCACGCAACGGCAUGACCAUCACAGACGAGGCCCCUCAAGACUCGCUUCAGUUCAUGAUCAAUAACAGCUCCCACCCAGUCUAUGGCACCCUGUCUUCAGAUAAGAAGUGUGGGUGCUGAGUGGUGAUGUUUAAGGCUUGUUUGAAAACCGGUGGUGGCAACCUGACGUGUGAUUGAAAAGUUUCUCUAGGAAGGAAGGCUAUUUACAGAAGCUUUGUUUUAUGGGAAACUACAUAGAGUAUGUGGAAUUGUGUGUGUGUGUGUGUGUGUGGAUGUAUGUUUUGUAUAUGUUUUGACCUUUAAUAUUUAUACAGUUAGUAGUAUCAGUAACACAGGUUUUAAAUGGCGGUUGCUUGUAAAAUGUAUUUUGUAAUAUUCUUGUGAGGUUAAGUGCUGUUGAAUGUGAUAAUGACUCGAGCAUUACGAACCACACCUCUGCU